AUGGCGAUGAAUAACCUUGGGUCAUAUUACGAGAAUGGGAGUGGCGUCAAACUGGACAAGAAGAAGGCGGAGCGGCUGUAUCGUGCAGCCGCAGAUCGGGGCGAAGCCUUCGCGCAAUUCAAUUUAGCAGAGUUACUUGAUUCUGAGGAGAAAUUUGAAGAAGCGUUCCGGUACUACGCGCUCUCGGCGGAUCAAGGCUAUACCCCCGGAGAGUUCAACCUUGGCUGUUGCUACAAGGACGGAGAAGGCACGGAAGUCGACCCCGGCAAAGCCAGGUACUGGUUCGAGCGCGCCGCUGCCAAGGGCGACGAGGAUGCUAUAAGGGCCCUCGCGCGCGCCUGA